AUGAAUAAAACAAAUUCAAAAUGUUUUAUUUGUAAAAAACGUACUGAUAAGAUAAUUGUUUUUAGUGAAGAAACAUUGCAAAAAUAUAAAAACAUUUUAAAAAUUCGCCAAGACAAUAAUUUACAUUAUAGUGAUGUGGAAUUGCCGGAAAAUGUGACCCAAACAGACGGUUAUCAUUCACAAUGUUAUCGGCCUUUUUCAGCUUUGAUGAAGUACCAAAUUGAAAAAACUGUUGGUGCAUCACCUCAACCAUCUACAUCUUCAACAGGUGAUUCGUUAAUUUGUGAAGAUGCAAAGAAAACAACGUCAGCAGAUGAAACACCACCACCGCCAGUUAAUAUAGAAAAUGUGGAAACUAGUCAGGAAAAUGCUGAAAUCCAUACUUCAUUGCAACAUUUUGAACAUUCGGAAAAUAAAGAUGCUACUGCAAUCAACACGAAUGUUUGUCUUUUUUGUACAAAAUCUUCCAAAAAAUGGAAAGGGCAAAACCAAAAAUUGUGUGAUCUCGAUGUAGUAAGUUUGAAAGUAGCAAUUGAGCCUUUUCUCAGUUUUGUUUCCGACACUGAAAUUUUUAAUAAACUUCAAGAAGUCCAAGAAUCAACAAUUUUAAAGGCUCAUCGAAUUUGUCGGAAGGAAUACAUAAAUUCACUCCAAUCCUUCGUUGAUAAACCACAAACAACUUUCCACAAGAAUAUACAGUUUCAUAAAGAAGGAUUCAAAAACAUUUGUCAAUUUAUUAAUAGUAAUAUUAUUUCGAAGAAGAAAUGUUAUUUUUUCGUGUAUUUAUGUGAUUUUUAUGAAGGUUCAAUCAAGGAUGCAGCCCGUAAAUAUGGUCAUGUUUAUGAUAAUACUUUGUCAAAAGCUAAUUUUGAAAGUAAAAUCAAAAAACACUAUGAAGGACAACUCAAAUUUUCGAUUUUUCCCAAUAAAAAAAUUGUUGGUCCCAUUGACCGAGUAAUUGACGAGAAUUUAUAUUCUCUAUUAGAAGAAAAAUCCAUCCUUCACAGUGCGGCUCUCAUUUUGAGGCAAAAAAUUUUUGAGAUUGAAAAACAAGCACUACCAGAAGAAAUAAAGACGGAAGAUUUGUUGAAAGGAGAAUGCAACAUCCCGGAAACCGUGAAAGAUUUUUAUCUUACAGUUUUAGCUGGUUCCCACAGUAAACGAAGAAAAAGUUUCGAUAGUUAUAGACUAAAGCUGAAAACACGUGGUUUCUUAAUAGCCAAUCACAGCGCGAGGAGCUCGGGCCCUGGCAGCUGCCAGCAUGCCUCGACUAGCUAUCUUUGUCGCACUUACGGGAGCGCGUAA